AUGGACCCAUAUACGACCACCUGGGGGGCACUGGGGAAUUUUACCAUUGAGCCCCACGUAUCUGCUCCAGUCAUGAUAAUGGACAGAAGUGAACCUUAUAUCCCUAGACCGCAAAUUAUAGAAACGCCAUGUGAAAGGAAACAUUGUGCGCACAAUGCAGACUGCAUAGAAGUUCCUACGGAGGUGGAUCCGAGUGGGGCUAUAUGCGAAUGCGUUACUAAUUGUCCGGAUUAUGAUAAUAAACAGCACAAUGACGAACGCGUUUGCGGUUCCGAUAACCGCGUUUAUCCAUCAAGAUGUCAUUUGCGUAUGGCCAGUUGCAAAAACAGACUGGAAUUGUAUGUCAAACAUGAAGGAGAAUGCGAUUCCCAUAGUCCUUGCGUGGAUCAUCAUUGUUCCCAAAUUGGUUCCCAUUGUAUUUUGGACGCUAAUAAUCGCCCAAAAUGCGAAUGUGUACAAUAUUGUUCUCCAAAGGUUUUUAAAGAUGACUGGAUCUGUGGAGAUGAUGGUGUGGACUACCGAAAUAUUUGUGAAUUGCAAAAGGCGUCAUGUUUAGCUAAAACUACCAUCACGGCUUUGUACAAUGGAACUUGCGAUCCUUGUGCCCAUAUGACGUGCCCCCAUGGAACAAUUUGUGUCUUGGACCAACAAACACGCCAAGCAAAAUGCGAUUGCGGUCCCGAAAUAUGUUACAAAAGGUUUGCAAGGUCUCCAUUGGGCGAUAAAAGAAAUUACUACCAGGAGUCUUCAGAAGUUUGCGCCAGCGACCACAAAACUUAUGCCAAUGAAUGCGAAAUGAAGCGCCAAAGUUGUCGCGAACAAAGACAGAAUAACACUCUAAAAGUCGUCUACAAAGGCCACUGCGAAACAGGUGUUCAUCCCUGUUCAAUCCACACAUGUGCCUCCUCCCAACAUCGUUGCGAGUUGGAGCCCCAAACCGGGACUCCCCAAUGUGUAUGUGGCCCCUCGCAUUGUCCAAAAGUCUACACGCCCCUUUGCGUAAAAUCGGAGCACACAAUCGAUAAAAGCCUUAUGAAAAAUAUUAAUGGAAACGAUAGAGUCUUCACCAUGGAUUCUUAUUGCAAUUUGGCCAAAUUGGAAUGCAAACAUGGACGACGGUUGGAGGUUUUGCAUGAAGGAAAAUGCGGUAAAUAG